AUGGCGCCGUUCACAUCAAUUACGCGCGCCGGCUCAUACGCCAAGAUCUCGGCCGGCGUGACAUGUGUGCGUGAGGGCACGUACGCUGGCAUGUUCUUGGAAUCUGCGAAAGCGCGGCGCGGCCCGCUCGGGUACAUGAUUCGCAGUUACGACAAGCUUUUGCGCGAGGCCGAGUCCGUUUGCGUGCGCCUCUGUCUCGUGCUUGGCGGCCUCUUGCUGCUCUUGCCCGUCAUCCUCACACCGCUGUUUGUCUGCUGGAAGGUCGAUGGUACGAUCGACUGGAGCUGGGCCACCGUGAUGGUGUUUGUCUGGAUUUUCGACUUUAUGGCCUGCAAUGGCACCCUUACGUGGCUUUGCGGCUUUCUCUUGCACCUCUUUGUGGUGCUGCGUUUUGACGGGCAUGUGGACUGGUCCUGGAUCUGCAUUAUUAUCCCGAUCUACGUCUCCUUGCUCGACUGGGGUAGCUUUGCCGGCAAUGCUUCCCUAGCGCUUCAACUCACUUUUGUGGCGCGAAAACUGGACCACCACACGAAUUCGUCGUGGUUCAAAGUCCUUCUUCUGAUGUGGGCGCCCGUCGCGGCCGUGUUCCUUUUCCUCGUGUUCCUCUGGUGCAUCGCGUGCUAUAGACAUAACUCGCUAUACAUGCGCUCGACCGGCCUCGCGAGUCUCGUUGUUGGGCUCUUUUUCGCGUCGCAAGUACUGUUCCUUGUUCGGCUUGCAUCAGCCACGUUCUCAGCCGUGUACAUCAUUCUGCCGUGGUUUAUUCUCUAUGGUCUCGUGGUCCUUGCGAGUAUUUUCGCGGCCUUGUAUCGGAACUUUGACGACGCGCCGAGUGCUCCUGUCUUGACGCCGCGUGAUGACGAAGAAGAAGCGUAGUGCGACUCGAAGAGUCAGGCUUGUGGAGUAUACCAACGGACACACGCCUCGGGUGGUCCCCUAAGGAUAACGUUAUACGAGUACGAUAUCGG